CGGCGGUCGUGGCUGUGGCCGGGGGGAAGUGAAUGGUUUUACCCAGAGGGCCCUGCGCCGCCUUUCUCCGCUGGCACCGCCGCUGUUCCCUGCUCCUCCUCCCCGGCCAUGGCGUUCACGUUCGCGGCCUUCUGCUACAUGCUGGCGCUGCUGCUCACCGCCGCGCUCAUCUUCUUCGCCAUCUGGCACAUUAUAGCAUUUGAUGAGCUGAAGACUGAUUACAAGAAUCCUAUAGACCAGUGUAAUACCCUCAAUCCUACAGUUGAAAAGGUCAAAAAGAUUAAAAGAGUCAAAAUUGCAUUAAAGCUUGUACUUCCAGAGUACCUCAUCCAUGCUUUCUUCUGUGUCAUGUUUCUUUGUGCAGCAGAGUGGCUUACCCUGGGUCUCAAUAUGCCCCUGUUGGCAUACCAUAUUUGGAGGUAUAUGAGUAGACCAGUGAUGAGUGGACCAGGACUGUACGACCCUACAACCAUCAUGAAUGCAGAUAUUCUAGCAUAUUGUCAGAAAGAAGGAUGGUGCAAAUUAGCUUUUUAUCUUCUAGCAUUUUUUUACUACCUAUAUGGCAUGAUCUAUGUUUUGGUGAGCUCUUAGAACAACAUAUAGAAGAAUUGGUCCAGUUAAGUGCAUGCAAAAAGCCACCAAAUGAAGGGAUUCUAUCUGGCAAGAUACUGUUUCCAAGAGUAGCCUAUGGAAUCUGAUCAGUUACUUUAAAAAAUGACUCCUUAUUUUUUAAAUGUUUC